UUAUGAACCGCCCCAGUGUUGUAAGUGCGUCGAUCUCUUGCGCACAUCUUUCCCGUGAUUUACGUACAAGAUCCAUCUACGAAUGUCUCGAGAUAUAUAUCGCAGACGUAUACUCCUAGCCCGUAAAUCUUUCUCGUGAUUUGCGUACAUCUAACGCCGUGAGUCCGCUCCUUUUUAGGUAUCAAAGUUAGUCUUGCUUUAUAUAUAACCUAGAUAGUUAUAGUAUCAGUUAUCCAUAUCUUGUAGUCAUCAACAGAGUGAACUGUGAAUGCGAUAGUUUCAGUGUCGUCGUUGAUGUACUUGUUGGUUUUCGUUGUAGUUGUUGUUGCAGAAGUACAAAAAGAUGCCAAGAAGGACAACUCAAGCAGCCAUAUCUGAGGACGACGCGCUCUGGGCAGAAGCCCGCCUAAGGUGUGUGGCUGUCGAUGAUGAUGCUAGAUCAUGCUUCAAAAAACUGUCGAAAGCCGGUGAUCACACAUCGCGCGCGGCUGGCGACUAUCUCUGCAACGCGCCGGAUGGCGAUCCCAAAGUUACGGCUAUCCAUCAAUAAGAAUAAUUUCUAUUCCGUCCACGAACCAUUUGCUCAUCCUUCUUAGGUAGUUUCUGAGAUGCACGACUGACGUAGAGGUAGCAGUAUAGUUAAACUUAAAUUAUGGAGAAAGAUGAGUUAAUCUUCAUCUUUCAGAACGUCUGGUUAAUCUUCUUCCACUUCAUCUAACGCUAACCGGGAGAGCCCUUUUCUGCAGGAAAUCUACAGGACGGGCAAAUGCGAAAGCAUCACACGAAAAAUGAUCACGCGUGUGCAGGCUGAUCCUACCGGGAAAGAGUGGCUGGAUGACAAAGCGAGAAAAGAAUCGUUCGAGGAGUUUACGGCUUUCCUUUUAUUUUUGUUAUUAUGUUAUUAAGGUUCGCAGUAGAUAUAAAGUAGCGAGGGUCCUUCUCUCUGGUUGUGGGUUUUUUAUUUGGUGAACCGGUACCCCAUAGCGAAUAAACCUGUGCACACAACCAGAGAGCUGAGCACUCACCGGAGGCGUUGCACAGGGCUCCGGCCUGCCUUUGAAGGUGAGACCUAUGGGGCUGACAGGACGACGAUAGCGCCGGCGCUUAGUUAGUUUUAGCAGUUAGCAGGAUACAUUAGGAUACUUGUUGAUAGUGACCCUUUUCUCUUUUAUAUCUUCCGCUGGUCUGUCUUUUUUCUAGUUAGGUCGGCUCCGCCACAAAUAUUAUUGAUGGCUCUGGUAGUAAGUGCGUACCUGGGGAUCGUAGGAGUUCCCUGGCGGUACUUCUCACCCAUCGGAGGUUUCGUCUCCUGACAUCAACUUUUCCUAACUCAAGGCGUAGAACUCAUGCAUCUAGUUUUUGUAUGUCAUCCGGUUCCUUUUUUUAGCAUAGAAAACGACCGCGGCGACACCAUUGGGAAACGAUGGGGACAGCAGCGGCAUAAGUUGCGUGGACGUAGGGGCCCUGCGUGAAGUUAAGCGUAUAUCCAUGGUCGUAGUUUGGUAGUAUCUAUCUGUCGGGUCGCGGAUUCCAUGAUAGAUUCUAGGCAUAAGCUAUGGCGUAAAGAAUCCGCGGCAGACCUAUGGUUAUACAAGGCUGGCGCCAGUGUUGACUUUGGGUAUUCUGCUGCGGCUUCCGUGCGAGAGUUUUAAGGUUCGCAGUAGAUAUAAAGUAGCGAGGGUCCUUCUCUCUGGUUGUGGGUUUAUUUGGUGAACCGGUACCCCAUAGCGAAUAAACCUGUGCACACAACCAGAGAGCUGAGCACUCACCGGAGGCGUUGCACAGGGCUCCGGCCUGCCUUUGAAGGUGAGACCUAUGGGGCUGACAGGACGACGAUAGCGCCGGCGCUUAGUUAGUUUUAGCAGUUAGCAGGAUACAUUAGGAUACUUGUUGAUAGUGACCCUUUUCUCUUUUAUAUCUUCCGCUGGUCUGUCUUUUUUCUAGUUAGGUCGGCUCCGCCACAAAAGUUAUUAUGUUAUUAAGUCAUCUAUUAUUUGUUCUAGUACAUCAUCCUCAUCCAUCUCCGGCAUAUAAGUCUGGUGAGGGCUCCGCCACCUCUGCAACAGCACGACUCUUCAUGGACAGUGCUGUUAGGAAGUACUUAGUCGAAGUACUAACUAAGUACGACAUAUUAAGAAGAUGAAAUAAGUAUGGGCACCAUCAUGUUUGACCACUUGUCCUCUGCAUAAAGGGAAAGGAAUUCCGGGAUGCGACUAAAAGUGCGUCUACUGCUCUAAAACAUGGCCGAGUGAAUGGGAGAAGUCCAACGAAGACGUCGCUGACACGACAGCAUGUUGUAAGGAGAAGUCGGAGCCGAAAACGUACGACAUGCUCAUAAAAGCAAGCGAGACGUGCGAGGCUGUGGAGGGCGCAUGCCUCAUGCUUAAGGCUUGAACAAGAUGAAAGGCGCUGACACUCUAUUCAUAAGAAGAACAAGCAUCUUGGGAACUUUUUGAAGGGAAACAAAGGGACACCAAGAUGCUUUGCUCGAUUUAUUUCCGGUAGACAUUCAUUCUAACAUAAGGGUGGAGACAGAGACGGGGCGACGUGAGCAUCAUAUGGAUCAAGUCCCAACUGAAGUUUCUUUCAAGCCGAUUGGCGAGCAACUGUGUGGUGAAGAGAGCGGGAAAAAGGGUGAUCAUUUUACCAUAUUCAAUGACCCCUUCCUGCAGAAGAUUGUGGAGGACGAUUAUUCGUGUGACAGCAUCACACGGGGAUUGAUCAAGGAGGAAAUCAAGAAGGGCGUAAAAGAGAAUCCAAAAUCAAUUUACAACGAGAAGCUCCACCAAGAUAAGCAUUACUUUUUUGCGAAUCGUCUCGGGGCCUACAAGUACCACGAAGAGUCUCUCUGGGCGUCACAAGUAGAAGAUGACAAUACUAAAUGCUGCAAGAGGACGCAGACGAACAAGCCAAAGACACCAGAGCCAGCACCAGCAGCUUCACCACACCUGGAACGAGCACCAGCACCGAUGACGCAGGCAAAGGCAUUGCCAAAACCAGCAUGCGAAGUCGUACCAAACUUACGGUCUGGACUUCAUUAGAAACUGCAUUGGAGAUGCAUUGUCAGUGAAAUGAUUUUAUGUAAGCGGUAGAUGUUGACAAAGAUAAAGACCACUUCUUAUGGAGUUGGACAAGAUGAGUAGCUCUUCUAACAGCUGCCUGCAUGGUUACGCGUAUAGAAAGGUUAGAAAAAACAAAUGCUCAGGAUGCGAUGCUUCAUGGUCAUGAUCAUGUUGAUGUACCAACUAAGGUGGCGGCCGGCAGGCAUUUUUGCAACCUCAAAGUAGAAACUUAAGGUGAGUUAAUGCAUAUUUGCAUCACUAGAACCAAGCAAGCUUUGAUAUUUUUUAGUAUGUAAGUACUUACUUCGAUCUUCAAGUAGCUCUAGUCGAGUCUGAUUCGUCCCGGCAACGUAGCUUGGCCACAAGUUCGCGGACCCUUGGACCUUGAACCUUCGAGUAGCCCUCGCGGCUUUUUUUCUGGCGCCACAAUUCAAAGGUGGAAGGCCCGAAUGUCGCUAGUACUAACUUAUUAGGGGGCCACGACUGCUCCGAUCUAGUGUAAAGAUAAAGGGGGAGCACUCAUCAUGUAGGCAUUUUCACUACGAGAAAUGUAGACUCGUACUAUUGGCGUAGUGCUGCUACCAGCACUAGACUAUGUAGUUGAUUUUAGCGCUUUUAGUUUAACUUCGUUUAGAAAUAACCCCAGGAUUUGAUUACCAAGCUGAUGUCAUAUUUCCCCGACGCACGGUUGUUCCUGUUCUUACUGGAAGGGCGUCAUGAGUGUAAUUCACUAUAAUUGGUUGCUUAGUAAAAGUAACAAAGUAGUAGAAUAACGACAUCGAUAACGAUAGAAGAUAGUGAUGGUCGUGUUCCUCGUGUCAAUUUCGUAUAAUAUCCAUGUCGUAUAUUAAGGACCUCAACAUCAAGAACAGUCGUGUCGCUUUUGUGAAGAUAAGUCUUCUCAGAUCUACUCGACAACCUACAAUCUAGUCCUUGCAUCAUCAUCAAUAUACUUUGGUCUUCUAAGAUGCGAGGCGAUUCAAAAAAGAGAAUCCAGUCUUUCAAGCCAUCGAAAGCAACGACUGCAAAAAUAUCGACCUAGAGAUGAUCGGGUCGAUGGAUGAAUAUUACAUCUCACCCAGUAAUGGAGACGGCAUGUCGGUCUUUUUCGAGGACAUUAUGCGUCUCGCCAAAAGCCAAGCCACCCCGGGAGAGGGAAUUAAGGAGGUGUUUAUCCGUAUAAUGAAAUUCAUGUUUUUCAUUUUGAAGAAGCCGAAGGAGAUACACAUCAACAUAGAAAAAUACAACUGGUGGUGGUCGCUGAGUUAUUAACGUCUAAAAACGACUGGAAAGAGAGCGUCUCUUCUGAAAUCGCGUCUCUUGUGAAUAUUAUAGGACUAGUCGUUUCCCGUGUGUUUAGCGGUCCGAGAGGAGGGAAAGGUGAACGAGGGAGAAGGAGCUGCUAGGAGCAGGAGAUAAAGAGACCGUGAGCUUCAGGGCAAUGCCCCCCGGCGCGUGCAGGUUUCCCCGCAGAUUCUCGGAGAAAACAACCCCCCGGAGCUCUUGGGCGGGCUCCAGCCUCCGGGCUCACCGUACCGGGGGCGAUCUCCCCCCGGUGCGCGAGCUGAUUCGGGCCCCUUUGCGGGCCCGACGUUAGACGGCCCAAACGCGGCUGGCGGCCGCGUUAGAGCCCGCUAACGUCUUCGCGACUCGGUGAAACAGUGUCACACGCCGAAACUGUGACCCGCCGAAACUCUGAGGCGGGAAGCCCAGACAUGCGGAAACUCUGAGGCGCGAAACUCUGAGGCGCGAAACUCUGAGGCGCGAAGCCCUGAAGACAUUGCGCAACUCUGAGGGGGGAAGCCCUGACAUCCCGAAACUCUGAGGCGCUAAGCCCUGACAUUGCGCAACUCUGAGGCGGGAAACCCUGAGACGGCAAAACUCUGAGGCGCAAAACUCGGAGGCGCUAAACCCUGACAUGCCGAAACUCUGAGGCGCGAAACUCUGAGGCGCGAAGCCCUGACAUUGCGCAACCCUGAGGCGGGAAGCCCUGACAUCCCGAAACUCUGAGGCGCGAAACUCUGAGGCGCUAAGCCCUGACAUUACGCAACUCUGAGGCGGCGCGGGAAACCCAGAGACGGCAAAACUCUGAGGCGCAAAACUCUGAGGCGUUAAACCCUGACCUGGCGCAACUCUGAGGCGGGGAACUCUGAGGCGCAAAGCCCUGACAUGCCGAAACUCCGAGGCGCGAAACUCUGAGGCGCGAAGCCCUGACAUUGCGCAACCCUGAGGCGGGAAGCCCUGACAUCCCGAAACUCUGAGGCGCGAAACUCUGAGGCGCUAAGCCCUGACAUUACGCAACUCUGAGGCGGCGCGGGAAACCCAGAGACGGCAAAACUCUGAGGCGCAAAACUCUGAGGCGUUAAACCCUGACCUGGCGCAACUCUGAGGCGGGGAACUCUGAGGCGCAAAACCUUGACAUGACGAAACUCCGAGGCGCGCAACUCUGAGGCGCGAAGCCCUGACACUGCGCAACUCUGAGGACGGGAAGCCCUGACAUGCCGAAACUCUCAGGCGCGAAACUCUGAGGCGCUAAGUCCUGAAAUUGCGCAACUCUGAGGCGGGAAACCCGGACCCGCUGAAACUCUGACCUUGGAAACUCUGAGGCGGUAAACCCUGACCUGACGCAACUCUGAGGCGGGGAGCCCUGACAUGCCGAAACUCUGAGGCGUGAAACUCUGAGGCGCUAAACCCUGACAUUGCGCAACUCUGAGGCGGGAAGCCCUGACCUCCGGAAACUCUGAGGGGCGAAACUCUGAGGCGCUAAACCCGGACAUUCCGCAACUCUGAGGCGGGAAACCCUGAGACGGCAAAACGCUGACCCGCGGAACUCUGAGGCGCUAAACCCUGACCCGCCGGAACUCUGAGGUGCGAAACUCUGAGGCGCUAAACCCUGACGUGGCGCAACUUUGAGGCGGAAAGCCCUGACCUGCCGAAACUCCGAGGCGUGAAACUCUGAGGCGCGGAGCCCUGACCUGGCGCAACUCUGAGGCGGGAACAAGCCCUGACAUACCGAAACUCUGAGGCGCUAAACCCUGACACUGCGCCACUCUGAGGCGGGAAGCAAGCCCUGAGAUGCCAAGCCCUGAGAUGCCAAGCCGGGAGAUGCCAAACCUUGAGAUGCCAAACCUUGAGAUGCCAAACCCUGAGAUGCCAAACCCUGAGAUGCCAAGCCCUGAGAUGCCAAACCCUGAGAUGCCAAACCCUGAGAUGCCAAGCCCUGAGAUGCCAAGCCCUGAGAUGCCAAGCCCUGAGAUGCCAAGCCCUGAGAUGCCAAGCCCUGAGAUGCCAAACCCUGAGAUGCCAAACCCUGAGAUGCCAAACCCUGAGAUGCCAAACCCUGAGAUGCCAAACCCUGAGAUGCCAAACCCUGAGAUGCCAAACCCUGAGAUGCCAAACCCUGAGAUGCCAAACCCUGAGAUGCCAAACCCUGAGAUGCCAAACCCUGAGAUGCCAAACCCUGAGAUGCCAAACCCUGAGAUGCCAAACCCUGAGAUGCCAAACCCUGAGAUGCCAAACCCUGAGAUGCCAAACCCUGAGAUGCCAAACCCUGAGAUGCCAAACCCUGAGAUGCCAAACCCUGAGAUGCCAAACCCUGAGAUGCCAAACCCUGAGAUGCCAAACCCUGAGAUGCCAAACCCUGAGAUGCCAAACCCUGAGAUGCCAAACCCUGAGAUGCCAAACCCUGAGAUGCCAAACCCUGAGAUGCCAAACCCAGAAAAACCCUGAGACGCCCAACCCUGAGAAGCCAAACCCUGAGAUGCCAAAUCCUGACAUGCCAAAGGGGCUCGCGAGGAGCCCCCGGCCCGAGAGCCUCUGCGGGCUUCUUCCCCGGUCCUGACGUUAGACGGCCCUGACGCGGCACGCGGCCGCGUUAGAGCUCGCUAACGUCUUCGCGACUCGGUGACACCGUGCCUCACGCUGAAACAGUGCCUCACGACCCGCCAAAAUCCUGAUGCGGGUCGCCCUGGCUUGCCGAAACUCCGAGGCGGGAAACUCUGAGGCGCGGCAACCCUGACAUUGCGCCACUCUGAGGGGGGAAGGCAGCCCUGAGAUGCCAAACCCUGAGAUGCCAAACUCUGAGAUGCGAAACCCUGAGAUACGAAACCCUGAGAUGCCAAACCCCGAGAUGCCCAACCCUGAGAUGCCCAACCCUGAGAUGCCAAACCCUGAGAGGCCAAACCCUGAGAGGCCUGCGAAACCCUGAGAAGCCAAAUUCUGAGAUGCCAAACCCUGAGCUGCCAAACCCUGAGAUGCCAAACCCUGCGAUGGCAAACCCUGAGAUGCCAAACCCUGAGGCCGUUUGUGCCUGCAAAACCCUGAGAACUGGAUCCUGACUUUUGUGCCCAUUUUUGCAAACCCUGAGAUGCCAAACCCUGACCCGACCGCGAUUCAGCCCUUCCUGGAAACCCUGGGAUUCCCUGGCUUUCCCCUUAAAACUCUGAGAGUCCUGGUCCGUUGAUUUGUGCCCCUUGUGGUUCACCUUGCUCGCCCUUAAAACCCUGAGGUCAGACCUCGAUUUUUGUCGAUCAUUAAUAAAGAUAGAAUUAGGAGGUCGUAGUUGGAAACCUCAUUCCGUCUUUGUGUGAAGUUGUAGGAAACUCUAACUUCACCGGUCCCAAGGAGUCAUGUUGCUAUUCCAUCUCGCCACCAAAGAACGUCGUGGAGCAGCCAGACGCGACAGGAGAGCCUCAGCAGCAGCAGCAGCAGAAGCAGCAGCCACGGCAACCACAGCCGCAGCCUGAACAGCCGCAGCCUGAACGGCAGCAGUCUCAGGAGCAGCCACCACAUGAACUGCAACGGCAGCCGGGGCCUCAGCCUUCGCAAACGCCUGGUGCAGCCAAUACGCCAGAACCACAGGAGGAGCAGUUGCAGCCUUCGGCAGAGCAGCAGCAGGAGGCGCCGCGUAUUGGAGUACUAAAUGUUCAAUGCUGUGCGACAGGGACAUUUCUCCAAGAAAAAGAGCAACCUGCCUGGCCAGCCCUUCGAGGUACUUCUACUUAUUGUUUUCCUAUGAGUAGUUCACAAUCAUGGACAGACUUUUUUAGUCUUCUACAACUUACUUCAAAAUUUCGCUUGCUAUUACUAUCAUUGUUGACAUAUUUUCCUAUUCCACCUUCCUAAGAAACGAAGUGUAACUCUAUCUCAAUCUCUGUAAGUAAAUGUUUUGUUCCACCUUGUUCUAUUCCCUUGUUGAAGAACAUUUUUUCUCAUCUAGCAGGUUCUCGUGGUUUUUCAAGCAAGAGUCCAGAAGCGAUGACGUCGGUGCUUAUUGCGAUGGGUCUUGUGGUCCUCUCAUUUGUAUUGUUCGCCCUGGUCUAUCUGUUUCGUUCUCGCUGGCUGCGCACGGGACGAAAGGAAAAGGAGGCGCAUGGUACCUCGUCAAGUAAAGGCAAUGCUAUGUAUAUUUUUAUAUAUGGUGUUCUUGUCUUAGUGUGGCUUCAAAGCUAUUUAGAUCAUGGAUCCUCAUGCUCAUCCUAAGCUUGGAAUAUUCUCGAAUUUUCUUUCUGACAUCCAAACCUCCAGAACUCUCGUCUUCUCCAGGUAAGAAAAUCGCUGACCACGUAGCCUACGGGUCAACUUCGGAUAGCAGUAGCGUGUUGGACGCAUCCGCCACAUUGUAGAGAUGUACACGGCCCACGCUGGUCGCCGUGGUUGCCGUUGUGUAUGGAAAUGGAAAAUGAAUAGUGGUAUCGUUGUCGUGAAGAUUGAGAAUGAAAUUAGAGACAUUGAAUGAAGAUUAGAAGAAGCAUUAGUUUGCUAUCGUGAUACUGAAGAAGAAGACUCGCUGUAGACAGUAAGUAUUAUAGUACUGGUCUUGCAUAGCAUAGAACUAGAAAAUAGAUCAAGAUAGUCAUAGUAGUUAUAGUUUUAUCGGAAUUCAUCUUGCAUUGUUCAGUCUUCGACUGUAGUACUCCUAGAGCCCAAUACAAAAAUGAGUCAUCUCUUACUAAGCACAUGAUAUUAUCAGCUGAAGAUAUUCAAACGUAGUUCUGACGUACAUAUUAUUUCCACCACUGGUCUUAAAUAUAAAAGGAUCAUGAAACUUCUCAGCUUACCACAAUAACUAGAAGAGAAUUAAAAUGAAACUACUUACGUCAUCUAAAAACGAAAUACAGUGAAUCACAGUAAUAGCCUAGAGCAAUAAAGUUUUUGAACAGCUUACGACACCAUUGAUUUUUUCAAGAGAAUUUGCAUUAUGGAUAUUGAACAGCGACGAAGUGAUGAAAAAAUGCGGAAACCGUCGUGUCUAAGAUUGAAAAUAAAGCGGCACCAUCAACCUAAGUAGAUCCCAGAGCUUCGCGAUCCAGCGCGUUUCUCACUUACAAAACAGGCGAAGCCUUUCUAUUGCACACGUUCUUAGUUCACAUAUUGUUUGUCAAGUCAGUUAGAACAUCCUACAAGAACAGGCAGAAACUCCUUACGAAUGAUACAAUCUAUCAGAGCCUGACGCGAGCCAUUUAAGUAGGCGAACACGCACCUCAGCACACGCAACAAGUGCCAACGAUAUAUAAUGGCAUCAAGCAGAACUUCCACACCACACCAGUUGAAAACAUCACCACAGUUGAAACAACUCGAAGAAAGAUCAUCAGCGUUGAUUAUAGGCAUAUCGUCAUCAUCGUAAGGACAUACUUACUUACAACGUUGCACAUCAAAGCGAUAGACUCACGACACCCAUGUAUUAACUUCAACGCAAUCCGUAGCCAGCAGUUUUAACUGUAUCAAAAUCCGGACUACUAGUUGUAGCACAGUCUGGCUUUGGAAGAGCAAAGAAAAACGAUCAGGACAACAAGAACACGCGCCUGAGAAAGCAGGUAAAACUGUGGACGGCGGACUCCAUCCUAAUCCUAAUCCUGCACUUCUACACCUUGUUCGACGAUACAAAGCAAAGAGGAGUUCGAGUUUGGCAGCACGUUUUCUAACCCGAUGACCAAUGAUCAAAAGCGACCGUCUUGUAAAAACAUAGUGCGUAGUACGUUGAAAAACUACCGUGUGGUCUUGCUCUGCCGUAGUUUCCAUUGACUUAUCCUUUAUAAGUGGUCAUCGGUCCUGUUCCUGUAACCUUAUGAUUCAACAGAGAGCACGGACGACACGGAGGCUCCUGAUGACAAAAAUUGUGUGGUCUUGCAUGCAAUGCAAGACGCGAAAAAAGCGUGAGGAAUAAGAUGACUACCAGCUGCUACGAUCUUGCGUCUCUCUGCACCAGAUCUUGAUAGAAAGAUUUCCAGAAUGAAAUAUACGCGCCGGUCCGCUUUUGGUGUUGUUCUUGUACCACUUACAGGUGGUUUUACUUUUAUCAAUUUGUUGUACUUGAACUUGAGCUUACUCCAGUAAGUUAGUUCAGCUUCAGCAUUCUAGCAUUUGUUCUUCUUGUUCGUAGUCCUAUCAAUCCAUGGGAAAUAUUAGAACCAGAACCACUACGUCAAGUGUGAUUUCUACCAUCCCGCUGCUCAAUGCGCAGGGCUGAAGGGGAAGUCCCACUGAAUAUAAAUCUCACUCUUAGUCGAUAAGUUCGAGUCAGUACGUGUAUGCAAGUCAAUCGGUUCGGGUCGGACGAGGUGUCCAUUUACCCCUCCGAACGCGAGCAGUCGGUCAGCAAGCUGUCGGUCAGAACAUUCGAAACAAAUCGGCUCAUCCACUUCCUUGACGCUAGUUGAUGAAUACAUCAUUCUGCCACUUCUAUCUUCCACUAUUCUUGUCUGAGCGUGGCAGGCUGUGGGCUUAUUGGGAGUCCGCUAGGGAAGAGCAAUAGCAUGAACGUGAAGAGCUACCUCUCUCAAGUAUCAGAAUGAUCCUUCAUUUCGGUACACUUUGGUUAGAUGCAUGAAAUCAGUGUGUACUUAACGACAUCGAGAACGAACGGACAGCAUGGCGUUCGAGAUGUUUUAACAAACUGCGGCUAUGAAUGCGAGCGUGCUGGAGGUCAGUUGUGUAAUACGGUCCUGUCAUGACUUCUUGCGGUUGUGCGGUCAUCUGCUCUGAACGAUCGCGUCCUCGUGGUUUGUGACAUCUGUCCAUGACCCUCUGUUAUCUUCUAGAAAAAUAUAGUCGUGUCGGUGGUCGGUCCAAGAAGAACUACCUCAACAAAUCCUCAUCUCAGCCCUCUCCAAGUAGCACUAGCACACCCAAACCAUAAUAAGAAGUCUGAAGAUACAUGAACAUGACAGGUCCCGUCCCCGAUAUUCUACUCUAGCGAAGAACACAUAGUUGGCAUCAAGCUCUCAUAGUACGAAUAAAUCGAAAAAAGGCUACCAUCAAGGAAGUGUCGAAGAAAUUGAACUAAGUACCUAAUCGAUUUUCCUAUGGCAAGCUGCUAUCUAAGUAGUCGACUAUGUCUAUGGUGCACUGAUUAAGAAUUAUCGCGAAUCUAGGACUAUUUAAUGAUGCCUAGACGAUUGCUCGAUCAUCGACUAGAUUGCUUCUUUAGUUUGGAAUCAUUCAUACAUCCUACUUUGUUCGUAAUCGUAUUCGAUCUGAAGUGCCUAUCUUCAUGAAAAUGAUCUCCAGUAGAUCACAUUUCCGCAGAAGCUCUUCGUUUGUUGUUGUAACCACGUGGCACAGAUAAUUCAAACACAUAUAGUAUCAGUUAUCCAUAUCCUGUAGCCAUCAACAGUACGAAUACGAUAGUUUCAGUGUCGUCGUGGAUGUACUUGUUGGUUUUCGUAGUUGUUGUUGCAGAAGUACAAAAAGAUGCCACGGACAUCUCAAGCAGCCAUAUCUGAGCAGGACGAGGCGUUGUGGACAAGAGCCCGCCUAAGGUGUCAGGCUGUCCAGGAUCCUAAAUGCUUGAAGAAGUUCAAAGAUAGGCGAUUUGGUGGACGAGACGAGGUAUCGAUCGCGGCUGGCGACUUGCUCUGCAACGUGAAAACAGAGCUUCCCCAUCGCCGAAUUACGGCUAUCCAUCGAUAAUUCCUAUUCCGUCCACGAACCAUUUGCUCUUCCGUCUUAGGUUUCUGAGAUGCACGACUGACGUAGAGGUAGAAGCAGUUAAAUUAUGGAGAAAGAUGAGUUGUUGAUGUUAAUCUUCAUCUUUCAGAAUUUUUUUCUUGCAUUUCUAACGUCUGGUUAAUCUUCUUCCACUUCUAACAGAGACAGCCCUUUUGUGAAGACAAUCUACGACACGGACAAAUGCGAAAGCAUUACACGAGAAAGGAUCACGCGUGCGCAGGGUGAUAAUACAGAGAAAGAGUGGCUGAAUGAGAAAGCGACAAAAGACAUGUUCUUCGAGGAGUUUACGGCUUUCCUUAUUUUUAUUAUUAUAAAUAUUUUUAAAUCAUCUUUCUAGUUCUACAUCAUCCUCAUCCAUCUCCGGCAUAUAAGUGUGGUGAGGGGUCCGCCACCUCUACAACAGCACGACUCUUCAUGGACGGUGCUGUUAGGAAGUAGUCGAAGUAACUACGACAUAAGAAGAUGAAAUAAGUAUGGGCACCAUCAUGUUUGACCACUUGUCCUCUGCAGAAACGGAAAGGGAUUCCGGGAUGCGACUAAAAGUGCGUCUACUGCUCUAAAGCAUGGCCGAGUGAAUGGGAGAUGCCCAACGAAGACGUCGCUGACACGACAGCAUGUUGUGAGGAGAGGUCGGAGCCGAAAACUUACGACAUGCUCAUAAAAGCAAGCGAGACGUGCGAGGCUGUGGAGGGCGCAUGCCUCAGCCUUAAGGCUUGAACAAGAUAGAAGGCACUGACACUCGAUUCAUAACAAGAAGAACAAGCAUCUUGGGAACUUUUUGAAGGGACACCAAGAUUGAUGCUUUGCUCGAUUUAUUUCCGGUAGUCAUUUAUUCUAACAUAAGUCAGAAGGAACAGGAGUUUUAUGGUGGAUGGACGGGGCCACAAGCUAAGGACGUCGUAGAGCCGGCUGGUGAGCGUCUGUGUGGUAAUGUGAGCGGGAACAAGGGGGAUGGCUCCAUCUUCAAUGACCCCUUCCUGCAGAAGAUAGUGGAGGACGGUUAUUCGUGUGGCAGCAUCACACGGGGAAUGAUCAAGGAGGAAAUCAAGAAUAGCGUAUCACUGAAGAACCCAGGCUCGUUUAGGAGUCCGGAAUACCUCUACCCAGAAAAGUAUUAUUUUCUUCAGGAUCGUUUCGGGACCAGCAAGUACGACGAAGAGUCUUUCUGGGAGUCACAAGUAGAAGAUGACAAUACUAAAUGCUGCAAGGAGACCACGAACAAGCCAAAGCCAAAGACACCAAGGCCAGCACCAGCAGCUUUACCACAAUCACAACUACCAGCACCAGCACCAGCGCCGAUGACGCAGGUACCGGCAUUGCCAAAACCAGCCUGCGAAUUCGUACGAAACUUACGGUCUGGACUUCAUUAGAAAUUGAUAUUGAAGAUGCAUGUGAAUGAAGUGAUUUGAUGUACUUAAGCAGAUGUUGACGAAGAUAAGCCCCACUUAUGGAGGUGGAGAAGAUGAGUAGCUCUUCUAACAGCUGCCUGCAUGGUUGCGCGUCACGUACCUGUAAUUCCUGAGAAUACUCAAGCGAAUUAUAGAAGCAUGCGCCGCGAAGGGGAAGGUUUGACCGACGCUAAGAAAGUAGAGGAAGCCGGCAGGCAUUUUUGCAACCUCAAAGCUGAUGUCCUCGACAAGGAUCAUUAAGACUGGUUGUAGUAUAAAAUAUGUAGUGCAUCUUCACGACCGCCAAGGACCGUUCAUCUCGACUUUCUUUUUAGUAUGAAGAAAGACGAAUCAGCAGUAUGCCUAUGUCAGCGAUGAAUCUUUUAGUUUUAAUCAUUGCUCUCCUAGAUUUUUUCUCGAAUUAUAUAUACUAUAUCUAUAGCAACUAUUACUAGGGAGAUGUAAGUCAAGAUGCUUCCUUUUCCUGCAGACCCUAGGUCGUGUUCGUAUUUUUGUAACCUAUUUAUCCACUAAGAUACUUCGUUUCUCAGCGACAGUACAAACAAUCCAGCCUUUAUACGAUACGAAGGCGCUAUCGCGAACGAAGGCUGCAAAGGUAUCGACCUAGCAUUCAUCAGGACGAUGGCGGAUGGCGAUAAACUCCAACUGUAGGAAGACUUUUGCUAUCUCAGACUUCGGAUUUCACUAAAGCCCAGUAGAUAUUCUUACACUACUGGCACGGGCAAAAAAGGAGGCCAUCUGCAAGAUUUUUGGCGCGCACUAUCCAGCUCUGGUGGUCAUUUUCGUCUUAGCGACUGAAGCGGCUCCCGUUUUACACUUCUAGUGAAUUACAUCUGCGGAAUAUUCGCUAGACGUGGUGGUAUAUACCAAGACCUCCUCGUUAUACGUCAUACUUCUUACAGUUGAAAAAACGCAGACAAGAACUUCCAAGUCCAACUAAGGUUCAUCGAUAUUAUUAAAUCUCAACGAUAUUCCACAAGAACAAAUGAUCAAUUAUACUUGUCGCCAUCCAGCAAGAAGCGCGAGAACGUAACCACCCAAGUAGCCGAGAACGUAGGUAGGUGACCCGAAAUAUUCGUGCACCAACUGGAUAGUAGAAGUACUCGAAAACUGAAAAUAACCGAGCUACUGACUGAAAUAAGGGAGGCAGCUUUGACAGGGCUACUCUUCCUUGUUCGGUAUCUCGCUUAUUUUAAGUAGUUAUACUCGCUUAUUUCAGUUUAUCGAAUAUAAUAUUUAUUAAGUUGACCAAGCUAUUCACUAGACGUGGUGGAAAGUCGGCGUCUCUAGUUUCGCGGUAUAUCUUACACAAACCGGAGGACAUUCUUGAAGACUAGAAGCGUACAUAAAGGAGGGUGGCCAAUAAUUUUUUAAAGGGCCUACUUGCUUCCAUUUCGACACCAAAGAUCUCCUGGAGUUUCGUGUAAGCCUGCCAAGUCUGAGAUAGCAAGAGUCUUUCAUCACUACGGACUCCCUGCUGACUGGCAAAGUGUUGCUAUCGCGGCGAGGGAAAGCGACGCACAAGAUAUUAAGGAGGGUCGUUUUCCGUAAUCGUAGUGCAUAAUGAUUUGAGAUUUUGAUGAUCGAGGAUGGUUGACGCUGAUUCAAAUAAAAACAAUUUUGGUUCACCUUCUUGAAAAAUUGCAAUCAAUGCUGGAACAGGACAUACGUCACGGCCAGGAGAGCAUCAAAAUUAGACUAAGCGCAAGGUAGCCCAACUUCAAUGGCUAGGGAUUUGGAUGAUGUGCUUCAUCAUCCUCCGCGAUGUCGCCCUUGUCUUGUGACUAGUGCCCAUCUGCGCAAGCACCGGAUAAAUAUGAGGAGACAAAGCGGCUGGCCUUUGUUGUUAUUUUAUGAAUAUCCAUCAGGCUUAGUGCCUUUCAAUUUCAUCCGCCUAGGCUAACUAGAUCGCGGCCGUCGAUCUUCAUCAUCUAAGUAAGUAACCACUUACUCCACUCGCUAGCGACCUUUUUAGUCAAGGGUCUUAGGAGUUUGAUCUUGGUACUGAUGGUGAUGCUGAUGAUGUUGGUCUUGGUGCUGCUGUCGUGUUGGUCUUCUUGCUCUUGUUGUUUCCUUGAUCAUGAUGCCCGCGGGUCGUUAUGCUGUUGACUUCAGUACUGGCAGGAUGAUCCUUAUGCCCAUGCUUAAGAUGAUUCCUCGUUUGCAUUUGGGGGGCGACAGCGUAUGCGGUUGCUAUCAUAUAUGAGCCCCUUGCUGUUCUUGUUCGUUCUUGUGUGAAAGAAAACGAGUGCUGUUAUGUUUUUCGAAUUAAGUAUUCAUAUUUUGAAGGAUUCUAAUGUCCUUAAGAAUACUGAGCAAUGUUGUCGGUCUACCUCGCAACCAGUGGAAGGGGGGCAGCAGCAGCGUCAGCAGCAACCGCAGCCUCAGCAGCAGCCACUGCAACCACAACUACCGGAGCUUCAGGCUGAGCAAGCGCCUGGUGCUCCCAAUGCGCAAGAGCUGCAGCAGCCGUCUGCCCCAGAGCAGCAGACGACUGCUCCUAAAGUAGACGCGACCUCACCACACGCAGAAAACGAGCAGGAGGCGGCGCGCAUUGGAGUAAAUGCUCAAUGUUGUGCGACCACAGCAACAUUUCUCCAGGAAAAAGAGCAACCAGCCUGGACAGCCCUUCGAGGUAAUUCUAGCACUUAUUGUUUAUUUGAUAUGUAGUUUGCAAUCAUGGACGGCGACAGACUUUUUUAGUCUACAAUUUACUUCAAAACUUCGCUUGCUACAACUAUCAUUGUUGACAUAUUUAUUAUUUAUUUCCUUCCUAAGAAUAAGAAACGAAGUGUAAGAACUCUAUGUAUCUCAAUCUUCUCUAAGUAAAAGUUCAUGUUUCGUUCGACCUUGUUCUAUUCGCUUGUUGAAGAACAUUUUUUCUCAUCUCGCAGGUUCUCGUGGUUUUUCAAGCAAGAGUCCAGAAGCGAUGACGUCGGUGGCUAUUGCGAUGGGCCUUGUGGUCCUCUCAUUUGUAUUGUUUGCCCUGGUCUAUCUGUUUCGCUCUCGCUGGCUGCGCACGGGACGAAAGGAAAAGGAGGCACAUGGUACUUCGUCAAGUAAAGACAAUGCUAUGUAUAUUUUUAUAUUUAUAUGGCGUUUUAGGAAAUGUACGGGUGUAUUAGAUUAGUGUUAGUUAUGGACCUAAUAAAGAUUAACUAUUCCACUAUCGUCUAGAACAACUGCAUUAUAUGGCGUCUUUGUCUUAGUGUGGCUUGGCUUAGCUAUUAGGAUCAUGGAUCCUCAUCAAAAAUGUUGGAUUUGGAAUAUUCUCAAUUUUUCUUUCUGACAUCCAAACCAGAACUCUCGACUUCUCCAGGUAAGAAAAUCGCUGGCCACGUAGCCUACGGGUCAAUUUCGGAUAGCGGUCGCGUGUUGGACGCAUCCGCCACAUUGUAGAGAUGUACACGGCCCACGCUGGUCGUCGUGGUUGUCGUUGUGUAUGGAAAUGGAAAAUGAAUAGUCGUAUCGUUGUCGUGAUAGAUUGAGAAUGAAAUUAGAGACACUGAAUGAAGAUUAGAAGCAUUAGUUUACUAUCGUGAUACUGAAAAAGAAGAUUCGUUGUAGACAGUAAGGAUUACAGUACUCUUGCAUAGAAUUAGAGAAUAGAUCAAGAUAGUCUGCAUGGAAUUAGAAAAUAGAUCAAGAUAGUCAUAGUAGUUCUGUUAGUUUUGUCGGAAUUCAUCUUGCAUGGUUUCUUCUUCAACUGUAGUUGUACUCCUAGAGCCCAGUAAUACGAAAAUGAGUCAUCUCUUACUAAGUACAUGAUCUCAGCUGAAGAUAUUCAAACGUAGUUCUGACGUACAUAUUAUUUCCACCACUGGUCUUAAAUAUAAAAGGAUCAUGAAACUUCUCAGCUUACCACAAUAACUAGAAGAGAAUGAAAAUGAAACUACUUACCUCAUCUAAAAACGAAAUACAGUGAAUCACAGUAAUAGCCUAGAGCAAAGUUUUUGAACAGCUUACGACACCAUUGAUUUUUUCAAGAGAAUUUGCAUUAUCGAUAUUGAACAGCGACGAAGUGAUGAAAAGAUGCGGAAACCAUCGUGCAUAAGAUUGAAAAUGAAGCGCCACCAUCAACCUAAGUAGAUCCCAGAGCUUCGCGAUCCAGCACGUUUCUCACUUACAAAACAGGCGAAGCCUUUCUAUUGCACACGUUCUUAGUUCACAUAUUGUUUGUCAAGUCAGUCAGAACAUCAUACAAGAACAGGCAGAAACUCCUUACGAAUGAUACAAUCUAUCAGAGCCUGACGCGAGCCAUUUAGACGAACACGCACCUCGACACACGCAACAAGUGCCAACGAUAUAUAAUAGCAUCAAGCAGAACUUCCACAUCACACCAGUUGAAAACAUCACCACAGUUGAAACAACUCGAAGAAAGAUCAUCAGCGUUGAUUAUAGGCGUAUUGUCAUCAUCGUAAGGACAUACUUACUUACAACGUUGCACAUCAAAGCGAUAGACUCACGACACUCAUGUAUUAACUUCAACGCAAUCCGUAGCCAGCAGUUUCAAUUGUAUCAAAAUCCGGACUAGUAGUUGUAGCACAGUCUGGCUUUGGAAGAGCAAAGAAAAACGAUCAGGACAACAACAUGCACGGGGGACCCUGUGCACACGUGUGGCAGGGCUUCUCUAAGACGUAGCUCUCUAACCGGAGGACCAAUGAUCAAAUGCGCCCGCCUUGUAAAAGGAAAAACAUGGUUCGUACAUUGAAAAACUUCGCCCGAUAAUACAGUAUGAUCCACUGACUUACUCUUCAUAAGCCAUUUGUCUUGUUCUUGUAAACUUGUAAUAACAG